AUGCGCAAGCUGCAAUCAAUAUUAGCCUUGACGGCCAGUGCUCUUUACCUUUUCCCAACCAUUGCGGGGCAUAGUUGGGUUGAGGAUCUCACCUUGAUCGCGCCAAACGGUACCUUUACGGGCCCUCAUGGUUAUUCUCGUGGAUUUGCUCCUCGCAAGGAGGGCUAUAAAGAUGCAUUAAUGAAACAUCAACUACCUCCCGAACGGGCCCUAUUACCUGGCGAAGCAACAGCUGGGAUCCUCCCCAACGACACUAUGUGCAAGGAAUCUCAACUCGAACCAAUUCAAUCUGAUGGAUUUCCGCGUCUGAAGGCUCCACCAGGAGCACCAAUCGCAUUGAGAUAUUUAGAGAACGGUCAUGUAUCUUUUCCAAAUACCCCUGAGGGCAAACCUCAUGGAGGUGGCAAGGUUUAUGUAUAUGGUACGACACAGCCCCGACGCAGGGAAACAUUUUGUUCAAUUCACAAUGUCUGGAACAAGGAGGGAACUGGUGGUGAUCGUAGGGGAAUGCUGCUUUCAGUGCAUAACUUUGAUGAUGGCAGAUGUCAUCAGAUAACCAGCGGAAGUCCAAUUUCAAAGCACCGACAAAACCAGUUCUCUUACAGAAUCAACGGCAAUAAUGCAGAACUCUGGUGUCAACACGAUCUCGCUCUUCCACAAAACGCCCCCGUCGGUAAGCCAUACACACUCUACUGGGUAUGGAUCUGGGACACUAUGCCUAAUAUAGACCCGAAUGUGAAGUCGGGCAAACAAGAGACAUACACGACCUGUCUGGAUGUUGACAUUAUCGCACCGUCAGGCGAUCUGAAGGUGGCAGCUAAGGGAGAACUGCCUAUGUUGAAAUAUGUUCAAGAUCAAGAUGUUGGCUCGGCUGCGAUACCAUCCCAGUUUGAGAACCUUAAAGCUCCGAUUAUUCCUGGCUAUUCGAGCUCAAAUCCUCCAGCUUUAGAGAAACCAACGUCAACUACUAGAGCGCCAGCUCCAUCGGCUUUUAAACCUAAACCUGAGCCUGAGCCAGAGCCAGAGCCAGAAGAUGACGAUUGUGACACCCCUUCCACGACUGUUUCAGCACCUCAAACACCCUCUAAGACCCCAUCAAAUUCAAGACCCGCCAUCAUCCCUUUGUUUGCUUCUACAUCAUCCUCAGCAACUGCUACAGCGUCCAUCUCUUCAGCAUCUCCUGAUUCUGCCUCCACAAGCAACAAUGGUGGCGCCAUACGUACGACCUUUCGAAUGACCUUCGGCUCGAUUGUGAGGGGCGGUUCUGCUACAGCUAGCUCCUCACCAACAACCGUCCCUGAAACAAUUUCUACGAAAUCACCUGAGGAUGCAUUUAGAAUCAUCUCCUCUGCUAAUAUUUCACCGAGCCUUUCAUCUUAUCCCUUGCUCAUUUCUGGAAUUAAUUUCGGACCAGCAACUGCAAUAACUGUUGCUGCCCCAUUCCCAGCCACAUAUGAAGUUGUUGCGCCCAGUCAAGCCUCCCCACCAGACUCAAUCUCAACAUCUAGCGAGAACGAUGGAUUUGUAGUCUCUCCAAUAACUCUGGGUGACGAUGGAUUGGUAGUACAUUCCACCACAAGCACCACAGCACCACUCACCCCCAAAACUACAGCUCUCCGUAGCACCACAACUAUAACUAUAUCUUCCACUGCAAGUGCCACAGCACCACCCAACGAAAAAACUACAACCAUCCGUGUCACUAGCACCAUAACCAUAUCCUCCACAACCACCCAACCACCCCAAUCAACAGCAACAUGUCCAGAAUCCAACCCACCCGCCACCAUCCUAUUACCUUCCCCAUUACCAAUCGUUAAGUCUUUGGCAGGAGAGUUUCCAGAAGAUUACUUCUUUCGAACAGAGUCCCAGCGAUCUCCGCCGCCGGGGAGCUGGAUGAGUCCCGAACAGAAUCUGCCGUAUAUCAGCAGAGACGUCGCUGAUUUGCUAAUAGCUACGUUCUUUUCCAUGGUUCACCCGUGCCAUCCGAUUCUAGAUCCCGACGAAUUUUACACGAUAUAUGAAAACGUAAUGGCCACCGGUCUAGAUUACAGCUUGCAGUCGGCCCAGUGUCUUGUGGUUUUUGCGCUGGGGGUUCUUGCCUCACAAGCUUCAGGGGCUGGCGCCCGCAGUGGUGACUGGGCUCCUGGGAUGGAAUACUUCCAACCUGCAUUGCAGAUUCUCAUGGCAGAGUCUGCGGUAUCGUUGGGGUCUAACUUACUUCUGCCUCAGACUUUGAUAUUCGGUGGAGUUUACUUUGCUUAUAUGGCCCGACCUCUGCAUAGCUGGAAGCUCAUUCAUUUAGCUUCUACAGAGGUGCAGUUGCUGUUGUCCAGGUUAGUGGUGGACGCAAUAUUUGGGAUUACGGAGGGUUCAAGAGCUAAGGUAACGAGCUUGCAGGAGUAA